GCCGACUCCAUCUUGCCAAAUGCUGCAUAUAGCCUAGUAUAGGCCAUGUACUUUCCCGGCUGCUUUGACGGAAUCCCACGCGUGAAUCAACCGAGCUGCUUCUCAAUGCUGCUGGCGCAUAUGCAGCUUAUCGAAUCGGAUCUUCCGAGCGGUGAUCUUGUCAAAAACCACUGCAAUCGAAUUGGAUUCCUUCUACGCCUGACUUCACUGCUCUGAUGGACGCGCAUGUGGUUCGACAAUCGUAUUAAUUAAAUGCCUCGUGCUCGCUGGCGGGAGCUUUUCGAUUCGAUGCGCGGAAGACGCCAAGAUUCCAUCACGCAGUCUUUGCCCUCCUCGUUGUGAUAAUGCGAGACGAGGCUGCGAAUUCUAUCAAGAAUUCUUUCGAAUAGCCAUGGAGUGUAACGACAGUCUUCCGAUUGUGUCAGAUACGAUUCUCCUGGAAUAGACCCUGAAAGCGUGUGCGGGGGGGAUCUGAACCAUUGCAGACUGGCGGUGGCACUGAUCGGAACCGGGAACCGGUUGCAAAAGUGUCGAGUGCAUACGGUCCGGAAUCAUCACACCGAACGUGUCUGAUCCCAUCCACCCUUUGCAUUCUUUUGGUAUUUUCGGCGUUUCGGCCUGCGGAGAUAUCACGGCUUCCGCCCAAACGAUGCAGAAUACUCACACACUUCCGUCAUGAGCUGUUGUAUUCGAGAGUCCCAGAGAGGUGGUGCAGCGGUGGAAUUGGAGUCCCGAGUCUCCAGUCCUCCUCAGAUCGUGACCCGACAACCGACAGGCCAACCGGGUCCCGACAUACAUGGGUUGAACGGUAUCCUCCAAUCGCACCAUCCUUCGCUGUCCUGGAGCACUGACACACCUCCGGUGACCACCUCGAGAAACCACAUGCGUCAGACAUCGACCAACUUGCCAGAUGAAGGAAAGUUGGUCAUCGCUAUUUUCGAAGGAACGACCUUCUCCGGCAUCGCUUAUGGAUCAUCCAGAAUCGCUUCGGGGAAGGUGCAGCAGAUUUUGAAAUGGCCCGGAUCGUCGGAAACGUUCAGAAAAAUCCCGACAUGCCUGCUUUAUGACGAAGACAGCCGAGUUCUUGCCUGGGGACUGGAAGCAAAGAACGCCAACAUUCUAGGCACGACGCGAUAUGAAUGGUUCAAGUUGUUCCUCGACCCUCGCGCUCUGCGAAAUGAAACUUCCUUGGACCCACGACUGCCAGCUUUACCACUGGGAAAAACACCCUCUGACCUCAUAACCGAUUUUCUGAGCUGUCUGUGGGAGUAUACGCGAGAGCAGAUCACACGGGACAUCGGUGCAGUGGCCGAUCUCGACUAUGCGGAUAUCUGGGUGACCGUUCCCGCCGCCUGGGAUGCUCGCGGCUGCGCGAUGAUGCGCCAGGCGGCGAUUGAUGCCGGCAUGGUCCAGAGCGCGUACGCCGGUGACGUCGAAUGGCGAGAACGUCUGAAAAUCAUAUCAGAGCCGGAGGCUGCGGCAGUUCACUGUGCUCUCCUCACCGAUCUCUACAAACUACAGAUAUCGCAGAAUUUCAUCGUCUGCGAUGCCGGAGGUGGGACGGUUGAUCUCGCUGUAUACAAGAUCAUUGGGGACCCAUCUCGUUUGGAAAUUGCUGAAGUUGCGGCCCGCUCUGGAGCCAGUUGUGGCAGCUUGUUGCUCGAUUUGCGCUUCCGUUCUCUCGUUGAAGCUCUCCUCAUCAAUCACCCCGUCCAUCUGGACCCUCCGUCGCUGGCCUAUUUCAUGCAUUCUUUCAGCGAGGCGGACAAGUUGACCUACGCAGGAAGACCAGAUGACGGCUCGGUUUUCUAUUUCAACUGCUUCAAUGUCGAGGACACCAACGAUCCUGACGCAGGGCUACUUAAUGGCCAACUGGCCAUCUCCGGUCGCCUGCUGCGCGAAGCCGUAUUUGACCCCGUAGUCAACGAAGUUAUUGAGCUCAUAUCAAACCAACUCUCUACUUCUCCGCGAAUCGACGCUCUACUGCUCGUCGGUGGCUUCGCUGGCAGCGCCUAUCUCAAGACACGGAUUGAAGAAACAUUUGGACAUGAUAUUUCAGUGAUCUCCCGUCCACCGGACAGCGAUACAGCAACCUUGCGAGGGGCUGCACGCUAUGGGCUUGCUCGCCGCCCGCUGGUCUCGCAACUCAUUGUGCCAAGAUCAUAUGUCAUGAUUGUAAGACUACCAGCAGAACCCGAGGACCGGGAGCGGCGGCCAGGUUAUGUCAGCCGCAACGACGCGGGGGUGGAGAUUUGCGAGAACCGACUACAAUAUCUCGUCCAAAGAGGGGUCAUCAUCCGCAAAGGGUCAGUGCCAGCAGCCCAGCUGCACGCUGUCCGCGCUCACCAUUUGUCGUCCGACAUUUUCGUCCGAAUUGUGUUCGACGCCGACCUUUUUGAUCGUAUGAAUUGCUGACCGCGUGCCACCCAUCAAUCCCAUGAACAUGACCCCAUCAAAUGCGCACGCUGAAUCUGGACGUCAUUCCCCGUCGGUUGGCGCUUUGACAUCUGAUGUACAUGGCUUUCGACCGUCUCAAAAGCGCAGACAACGUGUAACAACCCGCUUCUGCAAAUUCUCCCGCGAUACCAUGGACUCCACGUUCACUGCAACUCUUUAUACAACUGAAGCCACAGCGGCCGAAGCACGUUAUGCCGAUGAGGGCGCACUGCGCGAACUUUGCGUAUGGCGCGUAGAUCUGAAGGGCGUAGGGGCAUUCCGGGCCAACGCAUCGGCAAGUGCCGAGGAAGGUUUUUACACAGAUUUCGAUAUAGGGCUCGAGGUGGACAGUGCUGAGGUUCGAGGCGUGCUUCUAGACACUGCGGGUUUGGAAUGGGGCAGGGUUGUCUUCGGGUUUACGACCUGAGAUUCCGUUACACUUGCAGGCUUAGGUACUUUAAGCACACGCCGAAGCCUGGGAAAUCGACGGAAUGUGAAAAAAACGGAGGGAGGCACCGAGACGGGUGAUGUGUGUUGCGUGGUCGACCGAAUCUGAGAUAAACGCGAGAUUCUAGGAGAUGCGCGGAAGAUGCGAUCUGUUCGCUUGUAAAUGGGGAUAGCACCCUCGAACCCAGUUCUUUGCCACGCUGUACGAAUUUGGCGCGGGCCGUGGAUCAAGGUCUCACCUUUUCAAAGCCACAAAAUCCAUAUCCACAUUUUCGCGCCCUAUAAAACCAUCUCUGCCGCCAUGUCGUUAGGGCCGCACCAGCAUGUUUCCUCCCUCGCCCCCCGCCAGCGCCCCAUCGGCCGAAAACGUCAAAAUGGAAUCCGAGACCUCCGACGUCAGCUCUCUCUCCCGCGCUCAACUGGUCGCCGCUCUCGAACCUAUAUCAUCGACCCGCCCGUCGUGGUCCAACUGGGCGCAAACUUUCCACUGCACUCCCUCCGCACGCUUCGCUCCCCGCACUGUGCACGAAUGCCGUCUCGCCCUUGAGCUCGCACGCCGUGACGGUCGCGUCUUGCGACCAGUGGGCAUCGGGCACUCUCCGUCCGACUUGGCCUGCACAAGAGACUAUAUGCUCGACAUGACGCGCAUGAACCGAGUGCUCGAGAUCAAUGCUGCCUCCAGCUACGUCCGGGCGGAGGCGGGUAUCACACUCGACGCCAUACACUCAGCUCUAGGCCCGCAUGGCCUGGCCAUGCGCAACUUGGGCUCAAUCUCAGACCAGACAUUGGCCGGGAUCGUCACCACUUGCACCCACGGAUCCGGAGUCGACUUUGGCGUCAUGUCAACCCAUGUGAUAGCCCUGUCUCUGCUGACACCGUCUCUUUCCCUCGUUCAUCUCUCGCCUCGCGAUCCGGAUCCCAAGAUACGCGACCUAUUCACUGCGACCAUUUGCGGGUUGGGCUCGACCGGUGUCAUCAUUGACAUCACGCUCGAGGUCGAACCUGCUUUCAAUCUCAGGGACGAGCAUACAUUGCGGCCUUUCGGCGAAGUCAUAGACGAGCUGGACGAGCUGAAAGGGAAGGGGGAACAUGUCCGGUUGUGGUGGUUUCCAGCAGUGGGCCAGGUCAAAUGCAGUGUUGCCGACCGGACCAAAGAACCUCGGCGGCUGCCAUUCUCUGGAUGGACCGCAUGGUUCUGGGAUGCGGUCAUUGGCUUCCAUGCGAUUCAGACUAUGCUGGUCUUCAGUCGCUUCCGAGUGUUCUCCGAUGCCGCUCCCAUCGCUCCAAGCCAGUCUCCGAAGACCAGUCGGCUAUUUUCGGCGCUAUUGUGGGGUCCCCGUCACGUUCUGGCCCCCCUGCACCACUUCACAAAAAACGCGCACAUCUACGCAUGCCGGUUGGCGCUCUGGAUGGGCGGGAAGCACAGCGUGACGGUCAACCGUAGCGAUCUGGUGUUCAAUAUCGAAUGUCGGUACCCUCAACACACCACGGAAUGGGCGGUUCCCUCUGCAAAUGCGAAAGCUUGCCUCCUAGAACUCAAUCAGUGGCUUGAGGAACAGAGGGUGACUGAUGGUCCUUCGUCUCGACCGCAUUUUCCCAUUGAGAUCCGAUUUAGUAAGGCGGACGACCUGUGGUUGAGCCCUAGUAACGGCGUCGAGACGUGCUGGAUCGGAGUUGUGGUGUUCAAACCGUACAACCUUCCAGUGCGGUACCAAAACCUGUUCUCCGCGUUCGAGAGAAUCAUGGAAGCGCAUUCGGGCCGACCGCAUUGGGCUAAGGCGCAUCAUUUGACGCCGCAGACUACACAAGCGAUGUACCCCCAACUCGGAAAAUUCCUGGCAGUCUUGCGUGGCGCUGAUCCGGAGGGAAUUCUACGAAACGAGUACGUCGAACGGCACCUACUCUCUCGGGACCAUCCGGAGGCGUUUUGGGGGAGGGAGUACAAGCUGCGGAAUGGACCUCCGCGUCUCUCACGGCCUUGGCUCGCUCGAUCGGACUGGCGCCACGAUUGGCGCAUUCCACCACCACCUUCCCACGUCGCCCAACUCAAAGCGGACAGGGCGGCCCGGGUCGACUGGACAAUCGCAGACCAGUCUCUCCCCUCCUCAGACUCGGAGUCGGAUGCCGAGACCUUGGCAGAACUCGAUGUUCCCCAGUGCGCUAAAUACUAGCCACUGACCCAUACGAAAAGUAUCUUAGACAAGCAGCACUGCCGCAACGGAUUGAUUGUCUGCUAACUAUGUCGUAUUUCGCAGUUCUGAUAAGUAGAUUGUUGUAAACUCAUCAUAUGCCCAGCUGUUGCUGGAUGGACUCGCGAACUCUUCUCUCAUAUUCGGGCCGGUUGUCACGAUACAGCUUGCUGCAGUCAACGCUCGCAGGGGACUCGAGAUUGGGCUCUGAGUCCAUUGUCAGAGAGAGCGGGAGUCGGCACGACAUACGAUUCAUACGCACCGGCCAACAUGGAGAUCACACUCAGAAUAACCUUCUCGACACUCUGCACCGGGCUCCAGCGCUCCGAUGCCUGCUCGUACUGCAUCGGGUCGUCUCCCGGUGUAUGCAAGAUCGAGAUGCAGACCGUCCCGUCCGGGUAAACUAGAGUGCCAGACAUCAGUCUCAAUUCGCCGAUUGAUCCAAGGGGGCCCUGGUCUUGUCUUGUGAAGAUGGGGAUGAUCGGCGCUGGAUACACAGAUGGAUCCCGCUUUGACAGGCUGUUCCAUCUGCGAAGCACGACGGCUAUGCAUCGGCUGGCCGGGCUGAUCGUGGAAUUGCGGGGGGGAAACAGCAUCGUACGAGAACAAGUGAUGGCGACCAGGGACCGGGCACAAGCACAAGACACGUACUAUUGGGAUGGAACAGCGGCGGGUCAAACUUCAUUUUGAAAGGGGAUAGCGGGUAGUCGGAGGGCUGGGACCGCGAGCCGUUUCGCCGCGAACACCCCGCCUUCCUACACACUUUCAACAGCCGGUCUAGCGGCAGCCGAGGAACAUACAAAUGGAGUGUCCUGGGGCCCGGAGAUGAGCGCCUCCCAGGUGAAGAAGUCGCUCUCAGUUAUAGGCCCUUGAUUUCAGAUCGGGACGAGCACACGGUUGCAGGGAUCCGGGCCUGGGCGCACCAGCAGUGAACAUCCCAUCGGGUGAUCCUGUGUGAUUGGUGGCCGUGUGAGACCGGUCUCUGGAAGCACACGUAGCGUAUGACCUGACCUCCAGAUGUGAGCUGUCGGUACUCCGUCAUGAGCCGCCGAAGGGCGGUGGAGGAGUUGUUGCUGCGCGAGUUCAUCGUGGUGAUGGAUCGAGGAGUGCGCUGAUGGCCGCGGCAUCAGAUGAGAAGCAGCCGGGAUCAGAAACCACUCUAAACGCUUAAGAUUAUGGGUCACGUAGGGCUACAGUUCCAGAAGUGGAUAUCUAUGGUACAUUUGAUAUCAUGGCCGCCGACACAACAUAUAAAAUCAUUAGGCAUCAUCGAGAAUCAGACGGGGAACAACGUUCAUCGCCAUGAGCUUGGCACAAAAAUUAGCGAGAAAUGCGGCCGGGAGACCUGUGGAUGAGCGCCCACCUCUUGAAAAAGCAACUUGGCUGCGUAUGGGAUGGUGAGCUGCGCCAUUUUCUUGGAACUCUUGCAGAAUGGACACCAGCCAUUGUAACCCAUGAGACCACACUUUGAGCAUGCGUUCACUUCAAACUUGUCUGACGAGAUCAUCAGCCGUUCAAGAAGAAGUUGAGUUGCGCCAUAACCGAUAAGACAAUCGCGUUCCAUCUCUCCUAGCCGCAAUCCCCCUUCCCUGGAUCGACCUUCCGUCGGCUGACGCGUCAGUGUAGCUCGCGGCCCCCUGCAGUGAC